AUGUCUAAGUUCCAGCUCAAAUGGGGCAUCCUCGCCACCGGCGGCAUCGCUGAGACAUUUGCUCGCGAUCUCUGGCCCAACCCGGAGACACGCGGAGUCGACGACAUCGAGCACGUCGUUGUGGCAGCAGCAUCCUCCUCGUCCGUCGAACGGGCGAGAGCGUUUCUCAAGGAAGUCCGGGCCCCCGACUCGGCGAAGGCCUAUGGAUCGUACGAGCAACUCGUCCAAGACUCCAACGUCGACAUCAUCUAUGUCGCCACGCCUCACAGCCAUCAUUUCCAGAAUGCCAUGUUGUGUCUCGAGGCGGGGAAGAAUGUCCUCUGUGAGAAAGCAUUCACGACGAAUGCGAAGCAGACGGAAUUGUUGAUCAAGAAGGCUAAGGAGAAGAAUCUCUUUCUUAUGGAAGCUGUUUGGACCCGCUACUUUCCACUCUCCGUCUACGUCCGCGAAGUCAUAACCUCCGGCCGCAUCGGCACCGUAUACCGCACCGCCGCCGAUCUCAGCUACAGCAUCCCACCCGAGAAGACCUUCCCAGACACCCACCGAAUGGUAAACCCGUCCCUCGCCGGUGGCGCCCUCCUCGAUCUCGGCAUCUAUGCUCUCACCUGGGUCUUCCAAACCCUCUACACAACCGAGUCCGACCCACAAUCUCCCACCGUCAUCAGCGCCGUGGAGAAAUAUCACUUGGGCACCGACGAGCAUACUACCAUCCUCUUGACCUUCCCACGGCCACCGCCCGCCCGACCUGCUCACGGCAUCGCCACCACCAGUUUCCUCGUCUCGGGGGAUCCCGACGGGAAGGGCAGCGCAGGCCCGACGAUUCGCGUGCAGGGUUCUCGCGGGGAGAUCCAGAUCUUCCCGCCGGCAUCGCGGCCGACGAAGACACGACUUGUUCUCGCAGACGGGACGGUCGAGGACCGCGAGUGGUUCCAGCCCGGGCCGGGGCGGGGGAGCGGGUGGAAGAAUGGCUUCGGCGGGGACUUUAAUGCCGAGGGGGAGGGGCAUGGGAUGUUCUGGGAGGCGGACGAGUGUGCUUAUGCGUUGAGGGAUGGGAGGAAGGAGGGCAGGUUUGAGAGUUUGCAGGAGAGUUUGGUGAUUAUGCGGGUCAUGGAUGAGGUGAGGAGGCAGCAUGGGGUAGAGUUUCCGGAGACGAUCGAGAGUGUGGAGUAUCCGUUGAAAUUGUGA